CUCGCUCUGUGGAACGGUGAAUACAGGCUGUUCUAUUUCUUCCUUGCGCAAAAUGUUAAAUGGAAAAUUGAAAUCAUACUUCAGGAACCGAAGGAUGUUUCUCCAACAACCGCUAAGAUACGAAUGACAUCUUGAUGGCUCGAACUAAAAAUCGAAAACUUUCGACAACAGCUGUCAAACAAGAUGCUUCAUCGUCUUCUGCUUCGUCCGUCAGCAAAAGUCCAACGUCACGAAAAAAUUCAUGGGAGCACCCAAAUUUAGAUGCGCUACCAAGUAUCAAAUUACCAUGUACAUGGACUAAGGCUUCAAAAUUUGGGGAUCCUGUUCAUAGAUUUUUGCCUUUCAAACUGCCUUUAGGUUCGAAGAAAUUAGGGAAAAUGAACAAAAAUGAUCAAUUUGACUGGAAGCUUUUGUCAAAGAAUCUUCGAGGUCGUUCAAUUGACCUUGGACUGGUUAUUGAUUUGAGCUGUGAACCUUUGAAUGAAUAUUCAGAUCUGGAAAACUGCACUCUGGACAUUCUUAAAAUUGACGUAUCUCUGUGUCCUUUGGCAAGCCGAGUAUAUGAAAAAUUUUCUCACGCUGUGAACACGUUUUUGGAGGACGACAACAAUUCUUUGAAAUAUAUCGGAGUUUGCUGUUUGUCAGGCGUUGAUAUGUGCGGCCUUCUCAUUUGCAAGUACCUUAUAUGCAACGAUAGAUGGAUGCCAAACUAUGCUAUUUCGAUGUUCAGUUCUGCUCGCAAGCACCAACUUAGCAACCCGAGUUAUUUGGACCAUCUGCGCAGCUUGAAACCUGGUAUCCACGUCGUUUCAAUUGGGACAAGUCAGGAAUCUUCGACGAAAAUGAACAAUCUUAAAGAUGUACGUAAGAGUCGCAAUGAUUGUGUUGUAACUGAAAAUGCGGAUAGCAAAAAAGAGUCUCCGGUGUCCAAGAAUCAAAAUAAUUCUGUUAUAUCGAAAAGUAUCGAUGAUUCACUUGCUUCCAAGAGUCGUAAUGAUUCUCUGUUGUCUAAGAAGAGUCGCAUUGAUUCUCUAGUAUCUAAGAGUCGCAAUGGUUCUCUAGUGUCUAAGAGUAUCAAUGAUUCUCUGUUGUCUAAGAAUCGCAAUGGGUCUUUCGUGUCUCGAGAUUGUGAUAACGGCCAUGACUCUGAUUAUACUAUUAGCUCUGUAUUUGGUCCAGUUAACAGGGUCAAAAAGUCAAGGUCGCCUCCAUCGUCCUCUUCGGCCUCGAGUGUAGAAAGGGACGACAAAAGCUCCUCUCGUCCUCGGGAGAAGACUGAUGAUGGAUCAACAUCGCGUAGUUCUACCAGCAGAUCGCCAGUAGCGCGCAAAGGCAAGGAAACUAAAGUAUUACCGUUGCCUGAAGAUUUGGACACAAUCUCGAGUGAAACUGACGCGAGUGAUCCGUUUUCAGAUAACGAAAAAGGGAAACUGAACUCAAAAACUCCACGAAAGAAGCGAGAAGUAUCGAAACAAUCGGACAGCUCCAAGGCGUCAAGCUACAGGAGAAUCCAAGUACCAGCUAAGGAAUUCAAAGGUCCUCGACAACCGAUCGUCAAAAAACCAAUUGUUCCAAAAGAUCCGAGCACUUCAAGAUCCAGAUCCAGAAGUUCAAAAAGCAGGUCAGUAUCGAAGGACUCAACUCGCUCUAUUUCUCCGAAACAGUCCAAACUGCCAAAGUCAAAAGUAAGUGAUAUCUCCCAGGAAUCCAAUCUUUCUUUCUCGCCUAAAGUUAAGCGAGUCAUUAAAAAGGAGGCAGCACGUUUGAACAGUGUUUCACCGAAUAUAAAGCGAUUUAUUUCCAAAAAACAGAAUCGGUCAAGAAAUUCAAGCCAAUCUUCAAAAAGUUCAACUCAAUCCAAGUCUUCUGUGAGAAGUCGUAAAGCGACAUCUGCUACAAAAAGCCAACGGGGCUCGAGUUUGAGUACAGCUGCAACAUCGGAAUCUAGAUCGCCAAUUCGCGCCAAGAAUAAGGUCAUCACGAGGAGAUGUCCCAGGCAGAUUAAAGAAAGAGAAAGAGACUCUUCAGAAUCUAUAAGCCGUAAUCGAAAGCCACCUUCUACAAUGUUCGUAUCAGACAGAUUUAAAGUCAUUGACGAAAACAUGAAAAUGCAGGAGCGAAAAUUACAAACUGUGCUCAAACAAGAAGCAAGAGUCAAAUCGAAGUCACCGAUAGAUGAAGAAACAGCAAAAGUCAUGCGCUACACGGAUCCAAAGCAUUUGAAACGAUUAAAAUCUCCUGAAAAAUCAACAAGACGAAGUUCAAAAAGUAGAGACGAAAAAAACAUUAAAACCACGCAGAAACGUGACCGAACUCCACCCAAGCGUGAAAGCUCUUCAAGUGUCGACAGACGUGCAAGUUCGAGUCUGAACUCAAGUAGGAAACGGGAUGGCUUGACAAGUCACAAGAGCAGAUCUCCAGUGCGGAAAAGGAGGAAAAGUAAUUCACACUCGGAAGCAGAAGUUUUGUCUAAGGAGGCGGACAGAAUAAAGAGGGAGUUGAAGUCGAUAUCCUAUGAGGAGAGUGAUGCUGAGAGACGAAGAAGAAAAGAUAUUCGAAGAAGUUCAAAAACGAGGACACCCUCCAAGUCUCAUGCUCAGAAAAGCUCGAAAGAUUCGCCGAAAAGCAGAAGGCGUUCACCUCGAGAUAACAGAGCUAAUGAUCGCAGACGGUCGAAUUCGAGAACAAAAAAUGUCUCACGUAAUAAAUCGGAAACUCCUCACUCCAGCAGAUUCAGGAGAAGGCGCAACUCAUCACCUGAUCGCUCUAGUCGAAUAAGUUCGAAUACAAGGCAUCGUUCGCCUCCUCGUCGAUCAAUAUCUAAAACGCGUCCUGUAACUAGAAAACGAUCGCUGUCAUCAGAUAGACGCACGAGACGAAAGCUUCGAUCUCACUCUCGUUCGAGAUCAAGAGAUAGGCGUACUGAUACCCGUAAUGCCAAGCCAAAAGCGCCUGUGAAAAACGACCGGGAAGAGGAACAAAGGUCAACUAAAAACUUUAUGAGAGAACUUGUUGGUCAGAUUCAGAACAAUACACUAGAUGUCGAUCACCGUCCUUCAGCUGCUGCUCAAAAACAAGGCAACACGCUGUCCCUAGAUUUAAACGAGUAUAAGAGCCGAAUCUUGGGCGUGAUGGCCGAUGAUAACCAGGAAACAACGGAGCACGAGACAGAAGAAGCAGGAAGCCACCCAACGACAAUCAAUGUGACUGGUCAUGCUGCGAUGCCAUACGCGUGUCAAACAACAGUUGCACCGCUGAACCCAAUAGUCGUUCACUCAUUUCCAAAAUAUUCCACUUUCGAAUCACCUGUGAAUCCUUUGAUGGCUACAAGCAGUGUAAAACCAGAGCAGGAGAUAGUAAGCAAUGGCAAUACCGAAACCACGGAAGAAGGAGAAACAAAGGAAAAGACCGAAGAUGGCGACAACAAAGACGGCGAAGGAGAAAAACAUGACGAUUCCUCAGUAGACCAGUCACGUUCAGAAUCAAGUCCAAAGAAUCCAAAUUACAAACCGCGUUUCACACCUGAGACGCAGCUCAUAUCGAAAGCUUUACGACAUUUCAGUCCAAAAUUACGAGGCGUGAGACCUGUUUUAGAUGGAUCAUUCACUCCUUUAGUCAGGCCACCGCCAUUAGCCAGAGCCAGACCACCGAUGCAGCCUCCAUUGCAGCCUCUGCAUAUGCAACAACAAAUGCCCAAUCAGAUGCAAAUGCCUCCAAGGGGUCCCAAUUUUAUGGGUAGACCUCACAUGAUGGGGCCUCCAGUCGGAGAUUACAGAAUGGCUUUCCGAGGUCCUCAGAAUUACGUUCGAGGCGUACCUGUAAACAUGCCUAUAAGACCCCUGUCACAACAGCCUUUUGCUCCAAGACAUUCGAUGCAACCACAUGGCAUGCUGUAUCGUCCAGACAUGAAUGGUUACCAUGAAGGAGUGCGACCGCCUAAUGGUAUGAUGCCACCUCGACCAAGGCUUCCGCCUCCAGAUAGCAAUCUAAACAUGACCAUGCUCUGAUGAUUGAAGCAGAGAAUCAAUUUUCAUCUCAAACUAAAAACUAUAUCAAAUUUCAAUCCCGUAAACUAUUUAUGCUGUUUUCUCAAUGUUGUUAAUAUAAUUCACGUUGUUUAAUAAAUUGAUAUGAAUA